CGCGAAGGGCAACGAUAUCAGCCAACCCCAAUUCAUGGAAUCAAAGAAUUCCGCCGGAAAAACACAGACCUCUGCAUUGCUUCCUCCAAGCUGAACCAGCGCUUGGAGAAAGGCGCCAACUUGCUAAAAAAUUGACAUGCUCUUCUCUCUCCUCCAGCCCCUCCAUAGCCCUAUCCUCCUCCCUCUACGCCAUUUCCGCUGCAAAUGUUCUGGCCCGGACAUCUCUUUCUACAGAGAUGCCUUCGCAAGAAAAAUGGCUUUGGCGGGAAUCAAACCCCACCACAGGAUCGCUCUUGGAGUCUCCGGUGGAUCUGAUAGCAUGGCGCUCUGCGUCUUGACUGCUGGUUGGAAGUCUGAAGGGUUUAGUGGGAAGGUUGACUCAUCCGGCUAUAUUGAUGGGCUUUUGGGUAUUGUCGUCGACCAUAGGUUACGUCCCGAGAGCGUAGAGGAGGCGAGGAUUGUGCAAGAGAGGGCGAUGAAGAUGGGUAUUAGAUGCGAGAUUUCUUGUUGCAUUUGGCCUGACGGAAGGCCAAAGGUUGGUGAUUUGCAAGAGGCUGCUAGAGAGAUGAGGUAUCAAAUUUUUCAGGAUGUUUGUGCUAAGCAACAUAUAGGAGUAUUACUUGUUGCCCAUCAUGCAGAUGACCAGUCAGUUGAUCUACUUGAAGAGUCUUUGGAUCUACAGUACUAUUUUUUCCAUCUGAUUUUGACGGCUGAGUUGUUUAUUUUGAGACUGUCACGUAAUAGUGGGGUCUUUGGACUUGCUGGCAUGGCAUUUGUUUCACAGUUAUUUUCGGCACCUGUAAAUCAUCCAUGGAGUAGUUCCAGCAAUAAUGGAGUGCUUCUCGUUCGGCCAAUGCUAGAACUUUCUAAAGGUGACAUGUAUGAAAUAUGCCAAGGUGGUAAACAAAUAUGGGUGGAAGAUCCAACAAAUCAAUGCACACUGUUUACCCGAAACCGCAUACGAAUUGCUCUGAAGAACUUGUCCUCAAGUUCAUUUUCAUCUGAAAUGAAGGCACUUGUAUCUGCAUGCCGUUUGACACGCUUAUUUAUAGAAAAUAUAAGCCACAAAAUGUUGGAGGAAUCUGUGUCUAUAAUGAAUGAAGGUUAUAGCAUUAUUGAUCUUGAGAAGCUUGAUCCAUUAAACGUUGAUGAUCUAUGCCUUUCAAGAUUUCUAGUUAUGAUCGUGCAGUUCAUCUCACAAAGGCAAAGGCCAAUUCGAGGCAGUGCUAUGAAGCUGCUACUUGAGUAUAUCCGAAAUAUACCAUGCAAGACUUCUCUGACUGCAGCCGGUUGUUAUCUUUGUGCAGCUCCUGGGUCUAAAGGCAAAAAAAUCAUUGUCUGCUAUUCUCCUGAAUCCCCACUUUCUUCAAAUCUGCUUUUAUCUAGCUUUUAUUGUGAAGAAGGCGCUUCUUUUUCUUCUGUGAUAGAGCAGAUUGUUAAAGAUGCCAAGUUUUAUUCUAAUAGGUUUGUCGCAGAAAGCCCUAGUAUGCCCUUUUUGCGUGCUAAAUCUUCUGAAGCCAUACUAAGAGAAGCAGUACAGAUCAAGCUUAUCAGUCAAUCAACAUAUAACACCAUUCGCUCAUUGCAAAUGGAAGAACAUGACAUUUUUUGUUCACAAAAUGGUGUUGAUGAGGCAAAUGAGUUAGGGCAUCGAGCUAGAGCUUCUAGUCCAUCAAAUGUACAGAUUUAUCCUGGCCAGUCAUACCAUUUUAUGUGUAGAUUCUUAUUAACCUGGAAGCUUUAUGAAAUGAAAGAUGGCAUUUCUUCUAACUUGAACGAAUACAAUCCCAUAUCAGAAGCAGAUGGGAAAAAUUUGUGUCAGUGUUGUAGAAUUACUCAGGAACAUGGUCUUAUAAUACGCCAUAUGGUCGAUGCGGAUUGGUUAUAUCUUGCAAAGCUUUCCGAAAGCCAAACACUGAAUGAAGGCAGAAAUGAAUUGGAAACUUCAAAUUUUGAAACGGGACAUCAUUUAGCAAUGGAACAUUGGUGCUCCAGUUACCUGAGAUCUUCAGUUCAAACAGCUCUUCAAAAGCUGAAAUAUGUUCCAGCAGCUGCAAGAAGGGCACUUCCUGUGUUAGUCAAUUCUCAUAAUUUACCCAUAUGCAUACCGAGUAUUGGCUUCAGCUGUUGUCCUUUUCUUUCAAUAGAAGCUGAAUUCAGACCGAGAGUACCACUUGGAGGAGGUUACAGAUCUUUUCUAUGAUUUUGUAUGCGACAAUCCUUAUGCUGAAUGAAAAUGUUUGUUGGAGACAAAGGUUGAUUCAUUGUAGAGUUUUCCAAGUGAAGAAUGAAUUAUUGAAAGCUGAGUAAGGCUUUAUUGGGGAUAGCUUUCUUACUGCUUUCUAAAGCAGUUUUUUAGUAUAAAAAUUUUUUAAAUUAAAUUUUUUUAACUUAAAAGUUAUUCUAAAAAGCACUAAAAAAGCUGUCCCAAACGAACUUAAGUUUCUACUUUUUGGUGUAUGUUAUAUCACCAAAAAGUGUGUAACUCAGUGUACAAAGCUCCUGCAAUGUAGCAUUUUCGUUUUUAUUUUUAGAGUUUUAUGCUGUACUUCAUUUUGAGUGAUAUAUUAUUUGGUGAGGAUUUCUCAUAUGAUGUGGACUUUAUGUAUCACAAGAGCUAAAUCAACACAAUUCUCUUUUCCUUUUUUGAC